AUUACCUUGUUUCGCGCGCCAUCCUAAGUCGGAUGUUUAGACACUUCCAUCUAACCGUUUUAAUUUUUGCUACACGUGUUAUUCUAAACUUAAGUAAUAAUAAUAUAUUUGUGUUGAAGAGAGGAAAUGUCUGACGAACCUUUAACUUGUAUUCCAGCAAGGAACAUAUCUGAAAUAAAAAAUAAGCAAAAGCGUCUGGAAGAGUAUUUAAAAUUAAAAAAAGAAAAACAGAAAUUAAAAAAAGAAAAGAAGAAAAGAAUUAGGAAAGCUAUUGCUGCUGGAGAAGAUGUUCCUAAGCAAGUACCAAGAACUCUGGAAAAUACCAGAGAGCCAGAUGAAACUAUGGUGGAGGUUGAUGAUCAAGAAGUUAUCUUGGAUCAAAGUAUUGAUGAAUUUGCUUCUCAUAACAAUCGAGAAGUUCCACCAAAAGUUUUGGUUACUUGCAGUGAGAAUCCUCAUACCUGGACUAUUCGUUUCUGCCGCGAACUCAAACUUCUCAUUCAAGAUUCUAUAUUUCUGUAUCGGAAACAUGCUAGUAUAAAGAAACUAGUUAAGGAAGCAAGUUCACGGGGCUUUACUAACAUAGUUAUUGUUACUGAAGAUCGAAGACACCCCACUGGUAUGCUGGUAAUUCAUCUACCUGAAGGUCCUACAGCAUUUUUUAGAAUAAGUAAUGUUAAAUACUGCAAGAAAAUCAAGCAUCGAGCUGAGUGCACGUCUCACAGACCAGAAAUUAUAUUGAAUAAUUUUCGUACUAGGCUGGGGCUUACAAUUGGCCGUUUAUUUUCAUCUCUUUUUCAACAUGAUCCUGAAUUUCAUGGGCGAAGAGUGGUAACCUUUCACAACCAACGAGAUUAUAUAUUUGUCCGGCACCAUAGAUAUGAGUUUAAAAAUGAAUCGAGAGUAGCUUUGCAAGAAAUUGGACCUCGUUUUACUCUCAGAUUACGUAGUCUUCAAAAAAAUACUUUUGACACAAAAUUUGGCGAAUAUGAAUGGAUUUUAAAACGGCAUGAAAUGGAAACUAGUAGAAGACGUUUCUUUUUGUGAAAUUUUUAAUAAGAAUAAAAUAUAUAAAUAUGUAUGCA